AUGACAAUCUUAGGUUUAAUUUCAUCAAUUAGUAAUGUUAAAUCAAUUUCGAAAUCAAAUAAUUUAUCAUCAUUAUCAAAUUCAUUAUCUUCUUUACAAUCAAUGAAUUCAAUUGAACGCCGUGGCGGCAUUAGCAUUAGCAAUCCAGGAUUUCUCGGUGGAAUUGGUCGUAACCCUGGUGGUAUUCUUGUUGAAACUUAUGGAAGCUUGGAGGGGGUUCCAUUUUAA